AUGUCUUUCCAAUACAGCAACGUUCAGUACACCGAAAUGGUAAGGACUUUGGCACAGUGUGGUGAUAAUGUGGCUCUAGCUUGCAGAACAUUCAACCAAAGGUAUGGUACAAGAAUAGACCGCAGGACUAUGUUAGCUGCUACUCAACGGCUUCGCGACCACGGAACGUUCCGUCCGAACACGGCCAUCGACAGGGGAGCCAAUGUGCGUACACGUAGUAGUCUUCAGAACGAAAUACUGGACUAUUUCGAUGAGAAUCCCCAUGCCAGUACUCGAGAAGCAGCCCCACGCUUUCAAUGUAGUCAUAUGCAUGUGUGGAGAACACUUCGUGGUGAUAAUUAA